AUAACAAAAGCCAUCUUGUUUUUAAUAAACCAGGUAGAAAAGGUUUCAUCCACUGACUUAAGUGACAGAGUAGAGAAGAAGUUGUAUUUGUCUUUAAUACCUGCUGGGGACCUGCUGCUUGUAAGAGCUUAGGUGUUCUGUGGCUUUUUGUCACCAUUGGCUUUUCAUGAUUAACUUAUAAACAGAAGAGCAAAUAUUGAUUUAUGGGAUGAUGAACAAUUGAUGCCUUGUGGUUUUAUUGGACUUGUGGUUGAUUCCAAUGUACAAAUGAGCAAAAUUAUUGGAUUGACUUGACAGAAAGAAUAAAUGAAUUGUUAGAACAUAAUGCGAGGAUUGGACUUGUGAAGAUUUAAAUGUGCUCUUUUACAGCCUGAGGAAGAGAAUGAAGAUGGUGAUGAAUUAUUUGCAGAUGACUGGAAUAAGAUUAGCUUACAUCUCACAUCAUUUCAACACUUGCGAGUCAGUUCUCAUAUAUUAUCUUCUUUGCUGAUGGAUUGCCCAAGAAUUCACCUGCCAAGUGUAAUGGAGUGAAAAGAUUCUUAUUUCUUGGUUCAGUAAUUCCUUAUCACCUGAUAGCAAUAUAUAAUAUGGAGAAUAAUUGGGUCGUCUCGCACACUCAGUUAACAUAGCCUUUCUUUCAAAGGUACCAAGUAUCCAGAUAUUCUAGAAAUUAUCAGUGAUUGUAAAAUAUGUUUAUUCUCUGAAAUAUUCAGAAACUUAAUGACACUGUCAUAUAUUUUUAUGGUGGGAGCAGAGCAGAGUCCCCUCUUUUAUUAUUGACAAUCAUGAAGUAAAUCUGAUAUGGAGAAAUGUAUCAUCUGGACUCCUAGCAACCUUCAUGCUUCGCUUAUCCUGUGCUGAUUUUUGGCAUGAUUAUAUUGUAUUGAUGUACAGUAUUGUCAUUUAGGGAUAAAGAUCACAUUGUGUAAAACUUCUGUGGUUCUAAACUAUACCAGUAAUCUUGUAGCUCAUUCUAGUGAACAGCACUAAGUAUUGCAGUUUGUUUCAGAGGAGUAGCCAGUCUCGUUUCAGUUAUCACAGUAAUGGAUGAUAAGAGGAUGUCGAAGGUCCAAUCCUUCCUUGAGCGGGAAAAGACAAUGACCUAUCGUGAAAAGAUGACCCUCUUGGAAAGGUCACGAGUGCCGCCGUCGGAGGUCAUAGAUCAUCGCCCUUUUGGCUUAAAUAGGGACUUGGUGAAUGUGAAAAGCAAUGUGUCGUUCAGUAAUGAUAUUCAAGUUCACGAUACAGCCAGGACAAGAACAAUGACACAGGGGUCAAAGUUCACAACAUCUACUCUUGAAGCUCAUGCUUCUAUCGCAGAUACCACCAUGGAUUUGCUAGAUGCAGCUGCUAAAGGAGACACUGAGAUGGUCCGGAAGGCAGUAUCCAAGAACCCUUAUGGCUCAAAGGGCAAUGAUCAGGCAAUGCAGAAAGCUGUGCAGUACGGCCAGACAGAAGCUCUACAAGAGCUCCUCAAUGCUGGAGCAGACCCAGAUAUCAAAGUUCAUGGGGGUCGUACCAUGCUCCAUGAGGCCUGCGUUGGAGGGCACAAUGAAGUUCUGAAGCUCCUUCUGAUUCAUGUGACUGAUAUGGAUGCAACAAAUAGCCUCGGCCAGACGGCUUGCCAUACAGCUGCUUACCAUGGCGAGCUGGGUUGCAUGAAACUCUUAGAAGAAGCAGGAGCUGACUGUAGUUUGCGAGAUAACAAAGGGCGUUCUCCCUGCCAUUUAGCAGCUCAGCACAACCAUCCUUCCAUCCUCAACUUCCUGCUCUCUAAAGGAAUGGACAUUGAGGGGGCCGAUGACAAUGGACGCAAGCCUCAACACGUUGCAGCCAUGCAUGGAGCACUGGAAUGUCUGGUGUUGUUUCUUCAGAGUGACUGCGAUACGACCGUAGAGGAUGGGUCAGGUUUCACAGCUGGUCACCAUACUGCUGCCAAAAAUCAUCUGGAUUGCCUGAGGUUUCUUGUAAAGCAUGGUAGCGACAAAGAGGCCAGAGAAAAUCAUGGAAGGACAUUAGCUCAUCUGGCGGCAGCUAAUGGAUCAAUGACUUGCCUUCAUUGGCUCCUAGAGAAAGGCAGUGCGGUCAAUGUCCAAGAUAAACUGGGCAACACCCCCGCCCACCUGGCAGCAGCCGGUGGACACCACCUUUGCUUCAAUUGUUGUCUUCAGCAUGGUGGUAAUCUGGACAUACUAAACCAGAAACAGGAGACCCCAAUGGACUCUGCCAGAAGGUUUGGACAUCCAGUCAAGAUGGAACAAGCAGUGAAUAAUGAGAUACGUUGCACCCACUGUAAUGAUAAUUAUGAGUUAUCCUGCUGGGAAGAAGCUCACCAACCAAAUGUUGUUCAGAAAGCGAUCAAUUCUUCCAAGACUACAAUCUUCUCUUCUCCUGUGCCAAACAACAACAAGAAGAAAGAGACCAAGAAAGUUACUCCAAGAAAGGAGCCCUCUGCCCCUGGAAGAGGAAAGCUUCCCCAUAGAGAUCUGGCUGUCAGGUACUUUGGAAGAGAGGAAGGAACAACAUAGCUAUUGACUUCUUGAGAGCAUUUCAUGAAGAUUUUCAUCGGUGAUUUUCACAGACUAAUUUGCUGUUAGCCAAUCAGGAUUUUAGUCGCUUUAUAUAGAGGUGGUCAGUGAAAGUCACCACCUUUUCAUGAACUGCUCCCCUUGCCCAAUAAAUCUGUUGUCUACUGGAACCUGGGACCCGUUCCAUAAAACUUUUGCCAUAAACAUCUCUGGCUUAUAAACAAAAACUCUGGCAAACAAAAUUAUGCCAUUGAAAAUUACACAUUAAAAAACUCUGGCAAAAAAUUGCCUGAGUUUUUUAUGGCGAAAGUUUUAUGCAACAGGCCCCUGAUGAUUUCUUUACAAAUUCUAUGGGAAAAUCAUAAUUCACUAGGUUAUAGCUCAUUUUCGUCGAGGGCUACUUUCUUAACCUACUCCUAAAUUUUGUAACAUUGGGUAAGCUUUAAUAUUGCAGUGAAUAAUGAUUUUCCAGGGUUCUUGAACAUGGGGGGGGGGGGUGAAAUUGCCCUGAGCCCCCAUGUUAUUUUUCCCUGAAUCAUAAUAAUAUAUUGUUAUGGAGCAUACCAUUCGUAUGAAAUAUAUUCCACAGUGAAAGAUCAAAAUGACAUUUUGGGGUUGAUUAAUGUAUUAAGGGAACCUUGAAAAUUUUUCAGAAAUGAUACUUUUUAUAUUUGAAAAAGUAUUCUACCUUUUAUCCACCAUCACUGUCAGUAUUACCUGAUCCAUUGAUCCAUUAGAAAAAAAAAACUUUUUGUUUGUAUUCAUGCAAAUGAAACAUUCCAUUGACACUGUCAGCAUCAAAGUCAGGGUUAUAAUUUUCUAUGUAGUGGAAGAUAUACAUUGUAUGGGUUAGGGCUUGUUCAUCCGUUGUUCAUUGCCUCUGAAAUUUUAUAAAGGCUCAUUUACACACAGCACUACAAAUCUUUUUUUUUUUUUAAAUCACCCAUACUGCAAUUGAACAAGUUAUGUCUUGACAGGAAAUGAUGCACCACAACACAAGUGCCUCAAACAUGUAAUAGAUAUGAAGCAACGCCUACCAAAUGAAUAAAAGCCAAAAUGUUAAUGCAGUGUUGAGAACAAAAGCAUGCAGGUGCUAUGAGCAUGACCACUGCGAUAAGGAGCUUGUGAGAAUGUAUUUGGGUCAUGUUUCACAAAACUUGUCAUCAACAACAGGCUGUAGGUUAGCGAGGUAUAAGAGCUAGUGUUCAGCUUCAGAGCUGAUUUCAUUUAUUUUAACCCCCACCCGUCAUACAGGGUUGCCAGAAGCAUUAUGUGUUAUUAUUGUCCGUCCAUCCCAUUUUUGUCAUUGUGAUUAUCAUACCACAGAUUUGACUGAGGAAUGAUAGGCUUCCUGAAGGAAUGUUGAACAAGUACUUGAACUAAUCAUCUACUUUAGUUAUGUUUCACUUUAUUUCUGAUCAUGCAUCACAAAUGCUAUUGAGAACCAUGAAUUAUCAUCAGACCUUUUAGGUUUGGCAUUGAACAGCAUUUCGUAAUCAAACAGUGUAAAUGCUAUCAGAACAUUUAACUGUUUCUAAAGCCCCAAUAAAAGUUAAUAAACUAUAGAACAAACUGACCAAUUAUCAAUAGUGGCCUUACAAAUGUUGAUUGUUUGUGAAUAUGAGCAAUUAAUUCAUGUUUUGGGAUGAAUAUCUUUAUUUUUUCUUGUAUAUAACUUAUGCAAAUCAGUACCUUACAUAUUUAUAUGUAUUCAUAUUAAUAUUUAUUCAUCCAUCCUCAGAGGUGAAGAGACCAAAGCUGUCCUGCUGUUACUGAAAGUAUUUGAUCUGUGCUUUUGACAUUAUGUUAUGUAUGGUUUGUACAUUGUAUAUAGACAAAGAAAAUUAAAAUAAAUAUAUGUGUGUAUAUAAAGAGAUGAUUGAAAUUAAAAUGUUUUGCAGAAAGAGAA